AUGGAGACCUCAACCCCAUUCCCACCCCCUGCUUUCCUUUUUUCUGCUUAACAAAGCAUAUAAUUCUUGCUUUCCCUGCUUCCCCGAGCAGAAGAGAUAAAAAAUGUUGCUCCAAGCUUUACUUCUCUUUCUUGUUAUCAACUCCUCUACCUCAUAUGACACUGGCUUCAAUUACUCGAGCUUCCAUGGCGCAAACUUGAACUUAAAUGGUGUUGCAGAGAUCAUACCUAGUGGAGCACUACAAGUGACAAACAAUUCAAGACAAGUAUUGCGCCAUGCUUUCUUCCCCAACCUCUUGCAAUUCAAGAACUCCUCAUCAGGAAAUGCUUUCUCUUUCUCAACAGCUUUUGUAUUUGUUAUCACUCUUCCUAUUGUCACACCAGCUAGUGGUCUUGCAUUUGUUAUCUCUCCUUCUACUAAGCUCGAAGGAAGCCGAAGCCAACAGUACCUCGGGCUGCUCGGCCUCAGCGGAAAUGGCGGCCCCAAAAAUCAAGUUUUUGCAGUCGAAUUCGACACCUGCCUGAGCAUAGAUUUAGAAGACAUUGAUGAUAACCAUGUCGGCAUUGACCUAAACAGCUUGAGGUCUAAUGUAUCGGCUUCUGCUGCUUAUUACAUCACAAAGGGUCAUAAGACUACCAAACAGGGCAUAAUUCUCAAGAGUGGAGACCCAAUUCAGGUAUGGAUAGAAUAUGAUGGCAUGGAGAAGUUGCUGAAUGUAACUCUAUCUCCUAUUCAACUAGCUGGAAGAACUAGCCCCCCUUUGAUUUCCUCCAGGAUUGAUCUCUCCCCAGUCCUUCAAGAGUUCAUGUAUGUGGGUUUCUCUGCAAGCACAGACAUAUUUUCAAGCUGCCAUUACAUUCUGGGAUGGAGCUUCGCCAUAAAUGGCAGGGCUCAAGAUUUAGAUCUCUCUCUUCUUCCAUGGUACCCGAAAGCCAAAUCAUCUAGAGGAAUUUCUAUGGCUUCUAAGAUUGGGAUAAUUCUAUCUUCUAUAAUCCUAGCCAUGGCAACUAUCUCAGGGAUUGUAUACUUUCUUAUAAGGCAAAGGGAUGAGGAGCUCGUGGAAGAGUGGGAGUUGGACUAUGGACCGCACAGGUUCUCAUACAAGGUGCUCUGUAAGGCCACCAAGGAUUUCAGAGCGGAAGGGCUGGUGGGAUCCGGGGGCUUUGGCAAGGUUCAUAGAGGACUAUUGCCCGACUCUGGGAUGCAAAUUGCAUUGAAAUGUGACGCGAACGAUUCCGGGGUUGGGUCAAGAGAUUUCUUAUCAGAGAUCUCCAGCAUUGGGAGACUACGACACAGGAACCUGGUACCACUACUAGGAUGGUGUAAGCAAAAAACAGAGCUACUCAUAGUCUAUGAAUACAUUCCCUACAGUAGCCUCGACAAGCACCUGUUCGAUGAAAGCACCCCAAUUUUAAGCUGGGAGCAACGGCACAACAUCCUAAAGGGUGUUGCCUCAGAGCUGCUCUACCUACACGAGCAAGCAGAACAGGUGGUAGUACACAGAGACAUGAAGGCGAGCAACAUUUUGUUAGACAGAGAUAUGAAUGGUCGAUUAGGGGACUUUGGGCUGGCACGGUUAUGUGAUUAUGGAACCGACAUGCACACGACACACAUGGUGGGAACACUGGGCUACCUCGCACCAGUGGUGUUCCGUACUGGCAAGUACACCACUUACUCCGAUGUCUUCUCGUACGGCAUUGUGUUGCUCGAGGUGGCUUGCGGGCGUAGGCCAGUCGAUCUGCAGAGGUUGCCUGAAGAGAUGAUUUUGGUGGACAUGGUGAAGUGCUUCAAUGAAGGAAAGCUCUUGGAUGUUGGUGACCCUAGGCUUAAGGGUGGAUUUGUGGCUGAAGAGAUGGAAAUGGUGUUAAUGCUAGGAUUGCUAUGCUCUCACCCAGUGCCUGGUUCAAGGCCUAGCAUGAGGAAAGUGUGCCAGUAUUUGAAUGGUGAUGUCCCUUUCCCUAACACAUUGCCUAAAGAUAUUGUGGUGAACAUAAAUGAAAACUAUGACUACUUCCAAUCCCUUUUUUCCGCGCAUGAUGACUUGUUCCUUGACUCUUCUGCUGGCUCUGAACUUUUACUCUCAGGACGGCGAAGAUGCAUCACCUUUUUCAACAUAAACUUACACUCUGUUUGGCUUCCUCCAUCUCUUAUCAUUAUUGAGUGUUUAUCAGAAAUGUGAACCUUUUUGUUUUUCUUCUUCUGUGUUUUAUAAUUAUUGAGUGUAUAGUAGAAAUGUUCAUGAGUAUAGCAAUUAAGAAGAGAAGAACAGGGUUCAAGGGGUACAUAACCG